GUAACGCCACCCGUCGUUGUCGUAACUCCAAAGUGUUUGCCGCCCGUCGCCCAUGCACCGCCCCCUUGGACAGCAGCCCGACGAGAAUCCACCCUGCGGUCCAUCGGUUGUCUGAGAUGCGCUUUGCGCUCUCAGAGAUUAGGGGUUCGCGCCAUGGCGUCCCCCGAUGUGUUCCUCUCGUCCCCGACCCGUGAGCGGAGGCGCCUUUAUGAGACAAUGUCCUCGUCGCCAGGUCUGCCGUCCAUACAGGAGCUGGCUUCGCAGAAACCGAGACGACCGCCUCUACGCAGUGGUAGUAAAGCAGCGCCCAUCCCGGACGAUGCGCCGACUGCCUUCACCAGCGCCGGCUGCCUGUGGAGGUCCUUGCAGCAGGCCGAUGCCGUGGCGAAAUCGGGCUCUGCGGUAAGGGCUCCUGCGCCGGAGGAAGUCGAGGAUGCCGACACACUGGUCGCAACUGCAAAACCGACAGAGACGGCGCCGAAGACCAGAAAACCGCGGCGACGAAAGCAGCCAAAGCCAACAGCGGUCGUUGCUGAGAUGGCCCAAUUGAAUGGGCCUGAAUCGCCAAGCAAAUCCCAUCCUUGGAAAAAGUACAAGUCUCCAUCAAAAGAAAGGGCCAGUCCACCAAUUAUCCAGCUAUCCAAGUCGGGCACUGAGGUGACGUCGUCCCAGGACGAUGGCAGGAAGACUAGCCCCUUCUUUAUUGUUGACAAAGGUACGGAGUCUGUAAGGCCAGUACCGAUUGUUGAGUUGCUGGACGAGGCUCCCGAAACCAUUCAGGUUCAAGGGAGACUAGAAGCGGUUGAGCAACCCGCCGACAUGCAAGGCGAUGCAAGGAAGACAUCCAAGUCGAGAUCGAAGGCGAAGACCAAGUCAAAGGCUGUUUGCCGGCAAGCCGAUGACGAACCCUUACAGCUUGAGCAAGCCAUGGGUCGUCGGCUGGACUGGACGCCGCCAGCCAAGACCACUCAGAUUGUAUUGGAUUCCGACUCCCCUUCAUUGGAAGGGACUACGCAUGGCUCACAGUCUGGCGUGCCAAAAGACUUGUCUUUUGGCAGUCUGCUUGCGACUUUCAAAUGCGAAGAAAUUGCCCAGCAACUGGCAAACUCAACAUCAGAGGAAGAGUCGGGCUUCCUCAAGAAACGAAAGCUACUAGAAUUCGUCUCGGCACCGGCGCAGGCCGCCUCUGAGGCUGAGCCGCCGACAGUGUCGCCGGUCAAGCAAAAAGCUCCAAAGAAGAAGCCCCGGACAAUCACGGCACUAGCAACUGCUGCAUACCGGCCACUCACCCAACCCGAGCCACCAGCCGCCGUGGAAGCCAAGGCCAAUGGUGAGCCGUCUAAGGCGGUCGAUAGCAAGGGCAAGGCGAAGGCAAAGCCGCGCAAGAGAGCACCAAAGUCAUCGAAGAAAAAGCCACCGCCUCCUAAGCCGAUUCUCUUGUCGCCAGGGACCGCUUUGAAACAGGUGGCCGGUCAGGACUUUGUGUUCGGCACAUCGAGCCAGCUGGCCAGAGAGCAGUCGCCGUCGCUGCUGCGCGACCUGCAAACUGCCAUGAAGAGCACCAACCAUCUAGACCAUGUGGAUUUCGUUACCCCCUUGAACAGCGAUGCCAUUGAGCCGGCAGAAAAACAUCAAUCGUUGUGGGACGCGGCUGCACGGGACGCAGACGGCGACCUGUUUGACGUUGAAGUUCUGAAUCUAGUCAACGGUUCCCAACGAUUACCGGGGGGCGCUACGGAGGAAGAUCCUUUUGGAUACAUCAAAGGCGAUGAGAGGCCAGUUGAUUUGCCUCCAUUGCCAGCAGCGCCUACAGACAAUAAUAUGGCCAUGGAUGACGAUUCGUUUCUCACACUAUCGGACAUAUUGCCCGCCCUUGUCAAGAAGCCGGUUGAGGUUAUAGAUAUCUCGCAUCAAUCAUCGAGAAGUCAGUCUUCUGGUGAUGCUGAAGAAGAAGCGCUUCGCGCGCCUCAAGAGUUAGCGCGCGGUCAAACGGGCAGCAUCACUCACGUCAUCACUAAGACGACUACUGCAGCGAUGGAAGCAGGAGAGGCGGAGCGACCCCCGUCAUAUGAUAACCUGAGUGACGCACAGCUAGCAAAUCAGCUUGCACAAUAUGGGUUCAGGCCGGUCAAGAAGCGAGGGGCGAUGAUAGCCCUUUUGCAACAAUGCUGGCGCCCUGGCACACAUGGGCAGCCGGGUGCAACGAGGCUAGCCUCUACCACAUCGAAGGGCUCACCCAGAUGCGUUGCAAAAACGCCAACGGCAGGCGGCAGCAGUGCGUUUAAAGCUGUGGUAACACCGGAGAAGCGCGGUCGCGGUCGUCCACGAAAGACCAGCAGCCCGGAGCAGCCAAUGCAGGAACCGCCGCCAUCUGCCCAGCCACAAGCAACACCAAAGAGACGUCGAGGUCGACCGAGAAAAGGUUCUGACAGCGGGCCUUUCACUCCAAAGGGAGCCUCGAAACGGACGGUCAUCGAAAUACCCGAUUCCGAAGCCGAUGCGGGCGUCGACUCGUCAGACACACCGUCGUCGUCGCCGGGCGCGAUGUUUUCGCCGCCGCAACCGGUCGACCUCAUCCUCUCCAUUGACGAGGAGACGGAGCUGUCACUAACAAUAUCGCCGACGGACCAGCAAACGGAACUGUUCUCGUACGUGACGAAAGCGGUGACUACGGCACCCAGGACCACAGACCCGGCGAACCCUUCGUGGCAUGAGAAGAUGUUGCUCUACGAUCCCAUCGUCAUCGAAGACCUGACGGCGUGGCUGAAUUGUGGGCAACUGACGAGAGUUGGAUACGACGGCGAAGUGAGCGGCGCCGAGGUCAAGACGUGGUGCGAGUCGAAGAGCAUCUGUUGCCUCUGGAAGGUGAACCUACGAGGCAAGGAGAGGAAGCGAUAUUGAGGAUAGCAGUCGACAUUGUAUAGCGAGCGACGGCGUUUUCGAGGGGCUGCAUUGGUUUUGUUUAUCAUGGCUGGACUUGGGCCCGCGCAGUCAUUGCGCUGGGCGCGUUUGCAGGAUAUCUCUCCGUGUCUCCACCUUGUUGUCAAUCACAAGCACGACAACAAGACUCUGUGACGCGAGGAAGUCUGUCAUGUCGUGUUUGCUUUGCACCCAAGGUCAGGCAUUAUCGCUUCAACAAAACGGGUCACGAGCCAAUGCCGCCUCGAUGCACGUCGUGAUCUUUUGAAUUGGUCUACCAUUCUAGCGGUCGGAGGACGAGCUUUCACGAACACGGUUUCGGCGGGGAACAUGCUUUAUUGUCGGCCAGAAAGAAAGUGCAGCCGAGCUCUAGAUGGAGGCUUAGCCCGUGACUCGUAACCAUCUGUUCCGUUCCUUAGAGAGGGGCUCUACUUCGUACUUGUGUGUUGAGAGAAGUGCGCGACAGAC